CUAAAACGAGGAUUCGUCGAUAGAAUUCUAAACAUUAAGUUGCAAGCUGUGGUUGCAAGGGCAGCUUUAAUUGGCAACACUGCUGCUCUAUUGCUGCAAGAAAAAAAAAACCUUGUAAUGAUUGAAAAAUGUUUCGUUCUAUAUUUUGUGCCGUACGUAAUCUACGAACUUUUACUGUCCCCUAUUAUAAGGCCAGUAUCAUUACCAAAAAUGUAAAAAGUUUGUGUACAUACAAUAAUCUUCAAGUUACACCUAAACUGCAAAGUUUUAGCAAUGGAUCUCUAUCAUCUAACCCACAAAUAUUGGCUUUAACUAAUAACAUAGUCGUUCCAAUAAGAACUGUAACAAAGUUCAGUUUAAAGAAAGGCAAAAGGAAAACUGUUAAAGCUGUAACUCGUAGAUUCUUUCGUUUGCAUUGGGGUGGAUGGAUAAGACCUAAAGUGGGCAGAAAGAAGAGGCUAUGGAAAAAAUCAAGUGCGCAAAAACGACGUCUUCGUCAGCAUGUUCUCUGUAAUUCAACUCAAAGUACCUUAUUAGAUAAAAUGGUUACAAAAUUCUGGAAGCGCCCCAAGUAUUAUGUUGAUGAUCCAUAUUCACCAUAUCAUACAAGAGAAGAAUUUUAUAUUACACGAAGAAAGCCCAUAGUUAGAAAUUAGUGAGAUUUUGAUUGUAUAUUUGUUUAACUAGAACAAAUUUAGUUUUUCAGUGUAACUUAUAUACAUUUUUUUCUUGUUAUACCUUAGUAAUGUAAUAAAAUAUAGCACUCAUGUAAAAUUAA